AUGCCCGCUCCUCUUCCACCUUUCCUUUUUUCCCUUAUAAUUUUCUGAUUUGCCUUAUCAUUUUAUAUAUACUCCCUCUCCUAAUCCCCAAUACAGCUUCAUUUCUUUACCCAAACAAAUAUUCACUCACAUUCUUUUGUUCUUUCCAUUUUUCACACUUGUUUAAUCGCUCUAACCAGGUGCGUGCGUAUCCAAUUUCCCUGCAUUUUAUCCAUUGUUAAUCUGGUGAAAUGGGGCGAGCAGUUUUGCUGUGUUUGCUUGCGGUUUUUUCAUUUUGGAGUUUGUCUGUGGUGAGAGGAGAAGAUGCUUACAAGUAUUACACUUGGACUGUUACUUAUGGAGCUGCUUCUCCACUUGGCCUUUCUCAACAGGUUAUCUUGAUAAAUGGUCAAUUUCCUGGUCCUACUCUUGAGACGGUGACCAAUGACAACAUUAUCCUCAAUGUUAUCAACAAGUUGGACCAGCCUUUCCUCUUGACAUGGAAUGGGAUUAAACAGAGGAAGAACUCUUGGCAAGAUGGAGUGUUGGGAACCAACUGUCCCAUCCCUCCUAACUCGAACUAUACGUAUAAGUUCCAAACCAAGGAUCAAAUUGGUAGCUACACCUACUUUCCUUCGACUCUGAUGCACAGAGCUGCUGGAGGUUUCGGAGCACUUAAUGUGUAUGCGAGAUCAGUGAUUCCAGUUCCGUAUGCGAGGCCAGCUGGAGAUUAUAGCCUUCUCAUUGGUGAUUGGUACAAGACCAGUCACAGGGUAUUGCAGCAAAUACUGGAUUCAGGAAAGGCCUUGCCCUUCCCUGAUGGAAUCCUCAUUAAUGGCCAGGGUAGACCGUCCUUCAGUGGUGAUCAAGGGAAAACCUACAUGUUUAGGAUCUCAAAUAUUGGUUUGUCCACGUCGUUCAAUUUCAGAAUCCAAGGGCAUAAGAUGAAGCUUGUUGAGGUUGAAGGGUCUCAUGUCCUUCAGAAUAUCUAUGAUUCUCUUGAUAUUCAUGUUGGUCAAUCCGUGACCGUCCUCGUCACUUUGGAUCAAGCCCCUAAAGACUACUACAUUGUUGCAUCAACGAGGUUCACACAAACGGUCCUCACUGCAGCUGGCGUUUUGCACUAUGCGAACUCUGGGGCUCCAGUUUCCGGCCCUGUCCCAGCCGGUCCAACCAAUGAGGUCGGAUGGUCUGUUGAUCAGGCUCGAUCAUACAGGUGGAAUCUUACCUCAAAUGCAGCAAGGCCCAACCCGCAGGGCUCUUUCCACUAUGGAACAAUAACACCAACAAGAACGAUUAUUCUUGCCAACACUGCACCAAUCAUCAACGGUAAGCAGAGAUACGCUGUCAAUGGCGUUUCUUACAUCAACGCAGACACCCCCUUGAAGCUCGCUGAUUACUUCAACAUCCCCGGUGUAUUCAGCAUCAACUCCAUCCAGAGCUCUCCAUCCGGCAAUGGAGCCAGCCUAGGCACCUCCGUGUUGGGAACUUCCCACCACGACUUCAUUGAAGUUGUCUUCCAAAACAACGAGAACGCCAUCCAGUCAUGGCAUCUCGAUGGUUAUGACUUCUGGGUUGUCGGAUUCGGGUCAGGACAGUGGACACAAGCUAGCAGGAAGACCUACAAUCUUGUCGAUGCUUUAACCCGACACACGACUCAGGUAUAUCCGAACUCUUGGACAACGAUAUUAGUAUCCUUGGACAACCAAGGGAUGUGGAACUUGAGAUCCGCGAUGUGGGGAAGGCAAUACCUCGGACAGCAGCUGUACCUCAGGGUUUACAACCCAACACAGAAUCUUGCCAAUGAGUACAACAUACCCAACAACGCUCUGCUCUGUGGCAAAGCUGUUGGACGAAGAAUUCCUUGAACUUUUUUUCCUGGUUUGAAGGUUUUUAAGAGUAUUUGUUGAGUUUUCAGGUCAUGAGAGGUUGGCUGCUAGAAUUCCACAAACAGAUAAAGGAGAGUCUUAUCUUUUUACAUAUGUAUAUUCAGACAUAGUAGUAUUUAACUAUUUAUGUUAGUUUGGAGGAACUUGUAGUGGCAGUUGGUUUAUUGGGUUUGCUUAAUGGACUUUAGCGUUCUGGGUAAGAUCAUGGUGCUAUACCAAUAUUGAGUGUAAAUGGUGGUGUUUUGAAUCGAAAUGCCAAAGGCUAUAUUAUCAUUUUAA